UUCUAAGUGGUCAUAGUAGAUAAUAUGUGUCCAAUGUAAGCGUAUUCAGUACAACGUAGUUCGGUGUAUCGAAAUUUUUUCGGUCAAUAACUAGUCAAAAAUACGUUCGAUGUAAUCGAAAAUACGAGAUAUAACAGAACAAAGGAUUGAGGUGAACGAUAAGUUAUUAAUAAAAAAUUACAUACUACUUGUAAUUUGUGGAAAACUAUGUCUGUCCUGAGAAUUCUACAAAAGUUGAAGCAUUCCGCUCAAAAAAGACCGUUACUCUUCAAUUCAGUGAUAUACGGUUCAUUUUAUACUGGUGCUGAAUUUACACGACAAACUUAUAGCAGAAUAUUUAAGUUCCCAUUAUCAUCAAUGUCGGAGAACACCGUAGAAUUGAAUACGAUCGAGAACAAGAGACCGCUAUUUAUUUGGACGAAUAAAUUCAACGAAACGUUGGGUUUACUGGACGAAAACAACUCAACGGGAUUAAGAGACUACAAUUGGGCCCAACUUAAGCGAUAUGCUAUCUAUGGUUGUUUCAUUGCAGGACCGGUGUUACAUGCAUGGUACAAAUGGUUAGACGCGUUCUACAAAGGCACGGCAAUGAAGAUAAUUCUUGCAAAACUUUGUGUCGACCAAUUUGUUCUUACACCACCAUUGAUUAUAAUAUUUUUUAUCAGUAUGAGCCUAAUGGAAGGCAAGCAGGAUAUUUUUAAUGAAUGCAAAGCGAAAUUUCUUCAAACGUUUAAGACCUCGUGCAUGUAUUGGUUACCAGUUCAGUUCUUAAAUUUUCUACUAAUACCACCAACAUUACGAGUUUCUUUCGUCGGUGUAGCGGCUUUUUGUUGGGUAAACAUUCUUUGCUAUUUGAAAAGUUCACCAUUAAUUGACAGCAAUAACAACAACAAUAGCGAAAUAAAGUAUUGAUCUCUUAUAUUAUCCUCGAUAAAAUUGAACGUUCCUGUUUAUUGGCAAAUAGACAUUUAUCAAGAAACUGGCACAACAAUUGACACAUCAUAAUUAAACGAAUGAAUACAAUUUCAAUUUAAUGAUAAUACGUUUCAAACUAAUACUAAUCAAACUCUUUGUUGAACACAGUCUUUUUCUUGUAUAAUACAAAAGAAUCAUAUUAUGUAUAACUUUGUAUUAAAAACGAUGAAACAUGAUAAACAUUCCAUAUAAUUAUGACGAAUAUUGUCUAUAAAAAUUACAAUAUACUAAUUAUGUAACUAAUAUUUUUAAUAUUUAUUUUAUUGUAA